CAAGCACGAGCGGAAUGAUAGUGGCCGGUGGCCAUCGCAGCCCCCGUUCUGCAAUUCCGACUUGUGAUCGCCGGUGAGAAUGGGCGCUUUGCACCCUAAGUGCUGCGCAGUGCAGGAGGUGCAGAACAAUACUGCUGAAGCAGUGUCAGAAGCCAAAUUGGUGAGUGAUCAGCCGAUACCUCCUUUGGGAAAGCCACUCUGGCUCUCAGAGGCAGAGGAAUACGUUGCAAUGCAGACGAAGCAAAAGGAGGCAGAGGCAGCACAAAGAAUUCAGCAGAUAGCAGCUGAAAGAGCAGCAGAGGAGGAAAGAAAAGCAAAAGAGGAGGAGCAAAAGAAGGAAGAUGCGGCAGCCAAAGCAGCCAAGGACGAAGCCGAGAAGAAGAAAAAGACAACAUCUCCGAAAAAAGUGGCAGCGCCAAAGGUGCCGAAGCCCGAAGAGGCCCCAAAGCCUGACAAGGAAAAGGAGAAGGAGCCGGAGCCAAAGCACGACGCGGAAGCAAAGAUGGACAACGCCGCCAACAAAGCCAAAGAUGCUGACAUGCGCUUUGAGUUCGAGGUCAAAUGUGUUUCAGCUCGCGGCUUGCGAGACGCGGACUGGCUAGAAGGAACUUCGGAUCCUUACUGCCUUUGCGAAGCAGUCGGCAAGGUACGGUCAAAAUUCAAGACGAAGACUGUCAACAACAAGGAGAAUCCGGUCUGGAACCAAGCUGCAAAGAUGCAGUUGUCAAAUGGGGACAAGCUGAAAUUCUCCGUGUACGAUCAGGACAUGGGAAAAAGUGAUGACUUUCUGGGCUACACCGAGCUGGAGUUUGGCCAGAUUUUUCCGAAAGGCUUUGAAGGUGAGCUUGCGCUCAAAGAUGCUUCGGAGACAGCCGUCAAGCAGGAAGCUUUCCUCAAGGUGCGGGUCAGACACCUGGGGACAGUGACGGAGAAGUGAGAUUGCAAGAUGCAGCAAAUGCUCAGAUUUUGCGAGCCUUUCUCCGUCAGCAUUGUGAUCUUGGCUUUGGGUAGACUCCGUGCUUAGCACACUUAGCUUUCAAGAGUCAUGCAUGCAGGCAGCGUUGGCAACCGCGCUUGCCGCUGCAUGUCGGCUUUCCUUUGCUCUUGGCGCUGGCCAUGAGGCACGGUGGCACCGUGGCCAUGCACCUGGAAGGGUCACUUCAGGGCAACGGCGCAAUUCGUUUUUUGCCAAGCGGCAGCGAAGUCUGCCUUUCACUUUGAAGGUCUGCAAGAGGCUGACCUUCCGGCUCAGAUGGGAGCCCAGCCGCGCCGGCACCGGGCACUGUUUCACGGUCUUGCGGCUUCUGUAGGUGUUUCACCAGCUCACGCAAGUACGAUUCGCGACGCCGAACAGUGCGUACACCUCC